UCAAGCUUUUUGAGUCUACUGUCCUUUCUUCCUUCGCUCACGAUGCAGGAAGCCAACAUGGAUCUUCUCGAGACACCGCCCACCUCUCCCAUCGCUUUCGGACAAGGCCAACGCUGGCCCCAGCCCGACUUCGACUGCGAAGGUUGGGACAAGGGUGAAGAGCUAGACUCUUUUUCGGAGGACUCUGACUCCUCCUCCAUCUAUUGCCCCUCCCGUUCGUCCGGAUACCAGUCAGUAGACGAGGACGAAGACGAGGAGGGUAGUGUGGACCAAUCAAGGACAUUUUGGAACAGUUCCAGCCUCUGGAAAGCUACCAAAGGCAAGAAAAAGCAAAGUUUGAAGGAGGGCACGCUUCCACCGCAGGGAUCGGCGCCACAAUCAGCUUCAAAGUCGAGGAAAUCAGCCAAAGCUGCCGGGAAAGUCAGCUUUGCCUAUCUAGAGAGCCAUGUGGCACCACCAUUGUCAUCAAGCUCGGAAGAGAAACGAGGCGAAAGACGGAGAAGAGCACAGUCCAAAGCGUGUGCGAGGACAUCUGCGUCGCCGCCGAGGGAUCCUACACCAACCACAUCAGCAACAGGUCGGUCCGAUUCUCUCAAGACGCUCAAGCAACGAUGGGAGAGCAUUUAUGAGCGUUGCACCCGUGAAAUUGAGCUUGGCCUGCCGGACGACGAGAUUCUCUUUCUCCCGCAUCGGGUUGGAAAUGGUAGCAACGGAAAGAAUGGGCGGCAGGGAAAAGAGGAUGGCGACAACGGUGACGACGACUAUGGGCUCAUCAUCAUUGACAACAAUGGCCGCUUGAGCUCCAUCGAAAGUGAAGCUGAAUUUGGCAAGCUCCUCAAGAGGGAGAGCACAUCUCGCUACCCAAUCGAGCAAGGUGGAGACGUGCAUGCGGAGAAGUUUCAAGACCAGCUUGCCUCAUGGAUCGGCGGCAGCGGUGGCGGCGUUGUCGAAGGUGAGCAGCAACAUAAGGAUGUUUGCGAAUGUAUGCAAGGCGAAGCGAUGAGGAGAUGGAGGCGGCGACUGUCAGAAAGGAUCUCUAGCGUCUCUUCCUCCAACGCCAUUCCAACAAUAAAGCCGAGCGUGGACGCCGACCUGGAGGACUUUCUCAGAGAGGAUGCGCGUCUGAGGCACGUAUAUGGGUCAGAGCUGUAUGAGGACGGAGAGGAGGAAGAGGAAGUGGUGGACUUUGGCGAACACGAUUGGACCGAGCUUGUGAAACAGAGGGAUAUCUGGGGCAGCAGAAGCAGCAAGGCGCAGAGGUUCACGGAGAUGCCACCGACGCCCUCGCCCACACCACCACGUUCCAAUUCGACAUCGACGCUGUCCUCGCAUGCAGUUCACCGCAUCGGCUCACCGUCGCCGUCGCUUGAGCGAUUUGAAGAGCGCGAAGGACUAGAGUAUAUCGACAGAGGCUACGCCUUCCCCCGCACCCCAAGUCGCAAACACGCUCGCACCACCACGCACAGUCCCAGCUCAGGCAGCACUGCACGACGUCAGAAACGAAAGCGCGGUAGCCACGAUCAUGUCAUCCACCUGCCUGACCUCCUCAAGGAAGAGGCAAGUCCAGCGUCCAAGCGGGAAGGGAGCGAGUUCUUGCGCCUGCGAGACCUGCUCCGACCUGACAGUGAUCUAGCGAGUUCCGCCCAUUGUGUGCAGACUAGGCGGAGAAGAAGGGGUGGCGACGAAGAUCCUUUUGGAACGAGACACAAACCAACGACCCCCCAAGGGCUCGCGUGCGCAGGCCCUGGACAGUGUCGAAAGGCCCUAUGCCUCUUGUGCGCUGGCGCCGAUGAAUGAAGUGCACCUGCCCUCUCUUCUAGCCCACUUGCUCAGCGGCAUGCCUUCAAAGUGCCGUUCAUUCUCCGUUUCCUUCCGCUUCUCUCGUCCAUGCAGAUUGAGGAAGAGUCUUUGUUCAUUGUAUUACUAGUAUUACAUCUCUAGAUCUGCGGGCAAGUCGGUG